CCGCCUUUCCGGGCCUGCAGCUUCCUCCAGCCCGCCCCGCCCCUCGGACUCCCGGGGCCGCCCCCGACCCCUUUCGCGCCCGGCCUCGCGGCCGGCGGCGGCGGGCGGCGACUCGGCAGCGCUCCGCCGCGUCCCCGAGUCCCGGGAGUCAGGCGCGGCGCGGCAGGGGCAGCCUUCCACCACGGAGAGCCCAGCUGUCAGCUGCCUCACGGGAAGAUGCUGUGUGGACCAGGCAGCACGGGUAUGCGUGUGGCCACUGCCCUGGGAGUGCUGUGGUUCUGCCUCGCAGGCGCCGCAGUGGAAGUCCGGAUCCCUGAAGACCCCGUGGUGGCCCUCGUGGGCACUGACGCCACCCUGCGCUGCUCCUUCUCGCCCGAGCCCGGCUUCAGCCUGGCACAGCUCAACCUCAUCUGGCAGCUGACAGACACCAAACAGCUGGUGCACAGCUUCACUGAGGGCCGCGACCAGGGCAGCGCCUAUGCCAAUCGCACUGCGCUCUUCCCAGACCUGCUGGCUCAGGGCAACGCGUCCCUGAGGCUGCAGCGCGUGCGCGUGGCUGAUGAGGGCAGCUUCACCUGCUUUCUGAACAUCCGGGACUUUGGCAGCGGCAGCGCCGCGGUCAGCCUGCAGGUGGCAGCCCCCUACUCAAAGCCCAGCCUGACCCUGGAGCCCAACACGGACCUGCGGCCCGGGGACACGGUGACCAUCACGUGCUCCAGCUACCGGGGCUACCCCGAGGCCGAAGUGUUCUGGCAGGAUGGGCAGGGUGCGCCCUUGACCAGCAACGUAACCACGUCGCAGACGGCUAAGGAGCAGGGCUUGUUCGACGUGCGCAGUGUCCUGAGGGUGGUGUUGGGCGCUAAUGGCACCUACAGCUGCCUGGUGCGCAACCCCGUGCUGCAGCAGGACGCUCAUGGCUCUGUCACCAUUACACCGCAUAGAAGCCCCACAGGCGCUGUGGAAGUCCAGGUUCCCGAAGACCCCGUGGUAGCCCUCGUGGGCACUGACGCCACCCUGCGCUGCUCCUUCUCGCCCGAGCCCGGCUUCAGCCUGGCACAGCUCAACCUCAUCUGGCAGCUGACAGACACCAAACAGCUGGUGCACAGCUUCGCCGAGGGCCGCGACCAGGGCAGCGCCUAUGCCAAUCGCACUGCGCUCUUCCCAGACCUGCUUGCUCAGGGCAACGCGUCCCUGAGGCUGCAGCGCGUGCGCGUGGCUGAUGAGGGCAGCUUCACCUGCUUCGUGAGCAUCCGGGACUUCGGCAGCGCCGCGGUCAGCCUGCAGGUGGCAGCCCCCUACUCAAAGCCCAGCAUGACCCUGGAGCCCAACAAGGACCUGCGGCCCGGGGACACGGUGACCAUCACGUGCUCCAGCUACCGGGGCUACCCCGAGGCCGAAGUGUUCUGGCAGGAUGGGCAGGGUGCGCCCUUGACCGGCAACGUAACCACGUCGCAGAUGGCUAACGAGCAGGGCUUGUUCGACGUGCGCAGUGUCCUGAGGGUGGUGUUGGGCGCUAAUGGCACCUACAGCUGCCUGGUGCGCAACCCCGUGCUGCAGCAGGAUGCUCAUGGCUCUGUCACCAUCACAGGGCAGCCCAUGACAUUCCCCCCUGAGGCCCUGUGGGUGACCGUGGGGCUCUCUGUCUGUCUCGUCGCACUGUUGGUGGCCCUGGCCUUCGUGUGCUGGAGAAAGAUCAAACAGAGCUGUGAGGAGGAGAAUGCAGGCGCUGAGGACCAGGAUGGGGAUGGAGAAGGAUCCAAGACGGCCCUGCGGCCUCUGAAACACUCUGAAAGCAAAGAAGAUGAUGGACCAGAAAUAGCCUGACCACGAGGACCAGGGAGCUGCUGCCCUGCCCUGGGGCUCCCACCUCUGGCUGCAUUGGGGCCUCAGUGUGAGCCCUGGGCUGGGGGCUUCUCUGCCCUUAACAGAUGACUUCUACUCUAGCGGGUCUACUCAUUCUGCAAAGGACACGAUACAUAGACCACCCCGCAGCCUUAUUUCUCUGACGGACAUGAUUCCCAAGUCAUCCUGCUGCCUUAUUUCUCCAGUGACACGAUACAUAAAUCAUCCUGCCGCCUUAUUUCUCCAAUGGAUAUGCUACAUGGACCAGCUGGCUGCCUUUUUUCUUCAAAGAUGUGAUACACAGUCACCCAUUAUCCUUUCUCAGCCUUUUCUCCCACCUGCCCGUAAUUCUGUCUCCUCUGACAGGGCCACUGCAGACUUAGCAUUUCCUCGAGUCUAGAGGCUUCUCCUUCUGCUCUGUCCCUAAAGUUGGCCUUUGCCCUGUCCUACUAAGUGAAGACAGGGCCCCUCCGCCAGGCAUGCAGACAUGCAGGUGCACGUGCUGGAACACGUGAGGACCUCCCCUGGCCCCGUCUCUUCCGUGGCGCCCUGGGCUGUGCCCCGUGAGCCCCACCUUCUGCCCGCCCUCCCCACGGGAAGCACGUGCUGGUCACACUGGGUCUCUGGGCAGCUGCGUGGGCCCCCUUGGGGUCAGCUUCUGUCCCUCUGCUUUUCCUGACUUUCCUUUCGUUUAUCCACUCAAGUAAUGUUCACUGAGCAUCUAUGGGGUGUCAGCACUGCGUUAGGUGCUGGGGACCCUGCGUGAGAAGACAAGCCCCUCCCUAAGAAGCUUGCCCUUCAGCUGGGAAACCCGUGAGGAAAGAGUGGUUGUGAGGGGGCUCCUGUCUCGCUCCCUACUGCACUCCUCUUCUGUACCGCAUUUCCCUGGAUACCUCACUCCCAUCCCGUCCCUAAUCCUUA